AUGGUGAGAGCAGCAGCCAAGCCUGGCGAGGAUGCCGUGGGCAGGAGCGGCCGGGUCUAUGCUGGGAAGUCGCUCUUCCUCUUUGGCGCUCGGAGCACGCCACGCAAGCAGGCAAUCAGCAUCGUUGAGUCGCCACUUUUCGACCCGUUCAUCCUGCUGGUGAUCCUCGGCAACUGCGCCUUGAUGGCGUGGAACUCGCCCUUGGAUCCGCCCGGCACGCAGAAGGCUGCCUUGAUCGGCACGUGCGAGCACGUGGCGCUCGCAAUCUUCACCGCAGAGAUGGUUGUCAAGGUGCUAUCGUUCGGCUUCGUGCUGGGCCGGGGUGCGUACCUGCGGGAUCCGUGGAGCUGGCUCGACUUUGUCGUCGUGAUGCUCGGCAUCGUCUCUUUCUUCGUUCCCUGGCUCGGCAACUUUUCAAUCAUCCGCGCCGCGCGGGCGAUGCGGCCGCUGCGGGCUCUCAAGCGGGUUCCGGGCAUGCCCCUGCUGAUCGAGUCGAUCAUCGCGUCGUUCGGGCAGCUGCUCAACGUCGCCAUCCUCUGCGCCCUGUCCUUCAUCGUCUUUGGCAUCUUCGGCGUAGAGCUGCUCAAGGGCAAGCUGCACUGGCGCUGCGCCGCGCCGGGCUUCGACGGCGUGGGCGACAUGGACUUUCCGGCGAGCGACGAGUUUGACAGCGAGGAGGCGUGCAACCCGGACGCGCCGAGCUGUGCCGACGGGUCCCGCUGCGUCUACUUUGAGGAGGACCCGGGCGCCGACACCGUCUCCUUCGACUCGGUGCUCAAGGCGAGCAUCUGGGCCGCCACGUUCAACGACUGGACGGACCCGAUGUACCUCUCGAUGAACGCGUACUCGCCGUGGGUGCUCGUCUACUUCCUGCCCGUGGUGUGCGUCGUCGGCUUCUUCGUCUUCAACCUCUUCCUCGCCGUCGUGUACGACGAGUUCAAGCGCGGCGCCGAGGAGGAGGAGCGCAAGACGGCCGAGCAGUCUGAGGAGGACAGGGAGGCGGCGGAGGCGACCAACCACCCUAGAUCACCGAUGGCGAGGUCGGAAGCUCUGAACCGCGUCUCGACUGCUCUCGUGGUCCUCAACCUCGUGCUGAUGUGCAUGCCGUAUGCGGACCAGCCGGAGGAGAUGUUCCGUCUGAUGAGGGCGUGGCCGGCGCUGUACCAGGUCUGUUCGGCGCUCGUCGGCUCGCUCUACCAGAUCUCCAACAUCCUGAUCCUGUUCUUGAUGAUGAACGUCAUCUUUGCGCUGCUCGGCAUGCAGCGGCUCCGCAUGCAGCUCUUCGGUGGCAAGCUGCCGCUCGACGACGGCGAGGUGCCACGGCAGCACUUUGACUACUUCAUGCCGGCGAUGCUCACCACCUUCAUCGCGAUGACGGGCGAGUGGAACGAGACCUUCCAGGCUUGCGCCGAGGGCGGCGGCUUCUGGGCCGCCAUGGGCUACUUCACCGCCCUCCUGCUGGUGGGCUUCCUGGUGCUGGCCAACCUCUUUGGCUGCGUGCGCGACUCGUGCCUCGCGGUGGUGACGCAGCCGUGGUUCGAGGGCGUCAUCCUCCUCCUCAUCUGCGUCUCCUGCGUCACGCUCGCGCUGGACACGCCGCUGCUCGACCCGGCGUCCGACUUGGCGUGGUGGCUCAAGAUGACGGGCGCGUUGACGACGUCGUGUUUCGUGCUCGAGUGUGCGAUGAAGGUGCUCGCGUAUGGGCUCUGCGCCUACCUGAGCGACGGGUGGAACGUUCUCGACUUCUCCAUCGUUAUCGUCUGUGUGGCGUCUUCGCCGCUGGUGGUGUCUGCGAUCCCGCAGCUCAGCCACCUCAGCACUCUCAAGACGCUGCGCGCGCUGCGCCCCCUCCGCAUCGCGGGGCGCAACCCGGGGAUGCGCCUCAUCAUCGAGACGAUCCUCAAGGCCCUCCCCGCGAUGACCUCCGCGCUCGCGGUGCUGGCCGCCUUCCAGGUGCUGUUUGGGAUUCUGGGGAUGCAGCUUUUCAUGGGCUCGCUUGGUGCGUGCAACCUCGACGAGGAGGCCGACCACGAGAGCUGCAUGUCGAUGUCACCCGACGAGGACGGCACCGCGCCGGCCUGGGUCAACACGAUGGCGGGCUCCUUCGACGACUUUGGGCAGGCGAUGCUGCUGCUGUACAUCACCUCCACGGGCGAGGCCUUCAAUGACUACAUGUUCGCGCAGAUGGACGUGGUCGGCUUCCGCAAGCCGCUCGAGCGCGACGACUACUCAGCGUACUCGCUCUUCAUGAUUGCGUGGCAGCUGAUUGGCAACUUCAUUGCGAUGAACCUCUUCAUCGGCGCGAUCGUCGACAACUUCACCAAGGUGCGCGGCGUGACGCCAGACUCGCCGCAGCUCAUGACGCCAGCGCAGGCGCAGUGGGUGAAAACGAUGCAGCAGAUUGCCAAGAAGAAGCCGCGGCCGCGGGCGCGUCCGCCGAGCAACCCGCUCCGCGCCGCCGCCUUCCACCUCGUCACGUGGAAGCUCUUUGACCUCCUCAUCAUGGCCAUCAUCCUCGCGAACGUGGGCGUGAUGGCUGUCGACUACUGGGGCAUCGAGAACGACCCGCUCGUCUUUUGGUUCUACAACGACUCGAACGACAUCUUCAUCGCCAUCUACUACAUCGAGUGCGUCCUCAAGAUCGCCGCCCUGGGCGGCGCCUACUUCGCGGACGGCUGGUGCCGCUUCGACUUUUUCCUCGUGUGCAUGUCCCUGCUCGACGGGCUUGCUGUGUACGUGCUGCCCGUGCCGCCGACGGUGAUCCGGAUGCUGCGCAUUCUGCGCCUCCUCCGCAUCUUGCGGCUGCUCAAGAAGGCGGAGGGCGUGCGAGAUCUCGUCAUCACGAUGGCGCUCUGCUUCCCCGCGCUCGUCAACGUCUGCUCACUGCUCUGCCUCCUCACCUUCAUCUACGCCGUGGUCGGCGUGCAGCUCUUUUGCUUCACGGGGCUGGACGACGCAGAGGGCAUCACCGAGGACCGCAACUUCGCGGGCGUCGGGAACGCCUUCCUCGUGCUCUUCCAGUUCAUCACCGCGGACGCGUGGGGCGACGUGGUCUUCGACCUGAGUGUCACCGAGGAGGACGGUUGCACCGCGGACGGGGCGGCCUUGCCGUACUCGGACGAGAGGGUGUCCAACUGCGGCUCGCCGCUCGCGUCCAUCCUCUUCUUCUGCUCCUUCAUGGUGCUCGCCAACUUUGUGCUGCUCAAUUUGAUCGUGGCCGUCAUCCUGGAGGAGUUCGCGCUCCUCUCGGAGCAGCGGCGCGACCUGGUGUCGGCGCAGGACGUGGAGCACUUCAGCGACGUGUGGUCGAUGCACGACCCGGACGCGGACGGCCUCAUCCCCGCCGCACAGCUCCCCCAGUUCCUAUGCGACCUCGGCCCUCCCCUAGGGCUCGACCCAGACUACUCGACGCGCGGCUCGACCGUCGGCUCCGCCCCGCUCAAGCGCGCCACGCGCAUGUGCGUCCGCGCGGGCCUCAAGCGCCGACCGUCGCAAAACUCGGAGCCACAGCCGUACGCUUUCCGCGACGUCUUCGACAAGCUGGCCCUGCUGAAUGCGAGCGAGAAGCUCGAACAGGACGAGACGCGGCGACUUGGAGUCGACGGGACGGACGUCAAGCGGCAGUCGAGCGCCCGCGCCAUUCAGCUGCAGUGGAUCGAGAACUUGCAGUCUCGAGGGGAACCAGGCUCCGCUCGGUCGUUCCCCGCCAUUCGUCAUGUGGUGGAGGCCACAGCCGCGAGCCGAGUGCAGGCGGCCGCGCGCGGGAGUGGGGGUCGGAGACAGCUCGAGAGCAAGCGCAACAAAGCCAACGACGAGCACGACGCCGCCGUCCACAUCCAGCAGGCGUGGAGGAGCGGGCUGAGCAGGCGGUGGCAUCGUAUUAUCUCAGCGGUCACGCGGAGCAAGUGA